AUGGCGACAGCAGUUGUGCAGCGAAAAGGGUACGAUAAUGUGGAGUUGAGUUUGAGUGAGGACGACGAUCCGAAAAAAGUGGAGACGAAGAAGAAGAAGAAGAAGAAGAAGACGUCGGCGGAACGGAAGAGCAGCACGGAGAGCCGCGAGAUCAGCAAAGAAGAGGAGGAGGAGAAGAAGAAGACGGUGAGUGGGCGAAAGACGGAAGAGUACAGUAGGAACGCGUUUCAGGCGGCCACUCAGACAUUGACCGAAGAAGAGAGCAAGGAGAAGGAAAAAGAGAAGGAGACAAAAGUGCCUAAAAGUGGAGAAGAGCCGAAGAAGGAGGAGUUGAGCAAACCGACGACGAAGAAGGAUCCGUCGACGAAACUGACGGCUCCGGCGGCUCCGGCGGCUCCGGCUCCGGAGGCAAGAAUCCCAGCGCCGCCAGUGAAGCCAGCUGAGAAAGCGAAGACCGGAUGUUGUGUGAUUCUGUGA